CCAAACACUUUUGGAAAUUUAUCAAAAAAAAUUAUCUCAUUCAUGCAGAAGACACCGGCCAAACGAUUCGACAUCAUAUUCGACCAAUAUUUUACUCCAUCUAUUAAAGAUUAUGAACGAAUACAAAGAGGAAAUGUCAGCAGUAUCGAUUAUAAGAUCACAGGACCCGAACAAACUCGACCUAAAGAUUUCAAUAAAGAAUUAAGAAAUAGCAAAUUCAAGGACGCACUGGUCAGAUUUCUCAUAGAACAUUGGGGAGCAGUGGAAAUGGUGCCAUUUAUUGGCAAUUCAACCAUAAAAUUGAAUUACGAUGUGUGCUAUACAUUUACAAGUGACGGCGCCUCUGUAUCGAAAAUCGUCGAUGAGGAAAUGUCAUGCGAACUUCAGGAGGAAGCAGAUACAAAAAUUGUGUAUCAUGUGUGUAAAGCGGUCUGCGAGAAUGUUUUAAUAAAAUGUUCCGAUACUGACAUACUGAUCAUCAUGCUGGGUAACAUGGACCAUCUUUCGCAUGACGAAUUGCACAUAUUUAUGGAAUUAGGAACUGGCAAUAACAAACGUUGCAUUGAUAUCAAUGAUCUCAGUGAACAACUCGGCCCAUCCCUAUGCCAGAGUUUACCAGGAUUCCAUGCCCUGACCGGUUGUGAUUACAGUCCGGCCUUUUACAGAAAAGGCAAGAAAAGACCUUUCCAGAUAUUAAAAAAAUCACCGGAAUAUCAAAAUGCUUUUAUUGAACUGGGGAAUAUAAACUCCAUCGCAACAAAAACUCAUAUAUUUAAAAUGCUGGAAAAAUUUGUAUGCGAAAUGUACAAUUUAAGAAACAUAAAUGACGUGAACAGCGGUCGCUUUUCUAAAUUCUGGGAGACAUAUAAAGCGUCAAAUGUAAACGAAGUAUUCCAGAAACAGCUGAAAAAUUUCGACGCAUCGUCUUUACCGCCAUGUAAAACCGAGUUACAUCAGCAACUUCUCCGAGCUCAAUAUAUUGGAAAUACAUGGCGCAACGCUUAUUUGAAAUCUCCAACUUGUUAUAUCCCCGAAUCGAAUGGCUGGGUGAGAAAUGGACAAUUUCUUUCUUUUAAUUGGUUUGAUGGCGAUCAAUUCCCUCAAUCAGUUCUUGGAGCUGUCAUAGAAACUCCUUCAACGAAUGACAACAUUGAAUCAGAUGCUGAAGCUGAAGAAAUAGAAAAUGACUAUUUCAGUUCAGACUCGGAAUCUAUUUCUGACAUCGAAAAUUAA